CCUGCUUCCUGYUUCAGUUGAAGCCCCGCCCACUGAGGGAAAUCUGGGUGAGUUCGGCGAGCUGCGGCACGUUGUUGUCUACUGCCCGACCAUGAGUGUGGAGGCAUUGUUUAAUAAAGCAGCGGAGGAGGUGAAGGUCCUGAAACAGAGACCGGAUCAGGGAGAUCUGGGUUCUCUGUACGGUUUAUAUAAACAAGCCACAGCAGGGGACGUUAACACAGAUCGUCCAGGAGUCUUUGAUUUUGCAGGAAAGGCGAAAUGGGACGCAUGGAACGCUAACAAAGGUCUGACCAAAGAACAAGCGAUGGGGGCUUACAUCGAGUUAGUGGAGAAGCUGAAAGAAAAAUAUGGAUUCUCAAACAGCAGCUAGGACUGAUGUUUUAUCGUUUUCACAUUUUGUGUUAAAGCAGUCCAGAUGUUUGGCAGCGGGGUGAUAAACAGUCAGUAUCCUACCUGUAGUAGAUGGGUGGUGGUGGUUUUUAUGUGCAUUUGAGGCUGGAUUUACAUAAUUUUAUGCCAUUAAAUUGAUAAAAUGUGGAUGUUUUUCAUGGCCRUAAGUCGAGCUGGACUGAUGAACAAAUAUCUAGUCAGAGCAGAGACAAGAUUGGAGUACAUUGCUACGAUCUAAAACUAACUCCUGUUUAAAAUAAAACUGCAAGCAGUGAUGAAGACCCUACACACACCCAGGCGAUCUGGACUGGUCUGGCUGACUCUGGUGUCUGAUUUAAAGCUGCUCAGAUGAUGUAUGCAAUUGUUGUUGUUGUUUUAAAUACAGAACAUAAAUGCACAGAUUUUGUGGACAGGAAAACUAUAAAAUAAACACUUGGUCUCAUGCUCUGAAA